GGGGUUUGAGGGGGGUAAGCGGCAGGGGGAGCGAGGGAGAGAGCGAUGGGUGUUGUUCUGCCGCUGAGCUGAGAUAGCGAGCGUGUCGCAGAGAUGGAGAUGUGACAGGCUUCUGUAGUCGCAGGUGGAAUGAUCCGGAAAACAAGGUUUCUAACCAGCCAAGCAUCUCUCCAAGGUCACCCAGUAAAGAGAGAACAAAUGCAGCUGAGGGGACUCAAACUGCGACGAGGAAACCCAGUGACACUCCCUGGAAGUCGUUCCAGGAACUAAGUGGCGUGAGAAAGAGGAACUAAUGUAUGGAGUCAUGGAGUGAUAGAAAGAGAGACGCAAUCCUAAGAGAGCAAUGAAUAAAUAACCAAGACGACGGCCGGGAUGCGUGAGGAUGGAGCGGGCGGAGGAGUGAGGGGGGCUGCACAGGCGAGGAAGAGAGGUAAAUAUCGCUGCCUCCUGGACGCCCAUCCUGGCAGAACUCAAGCCUUCAGGAUAUAGACACGUUCCAUGCAACCAUGAGAUGGUCAGAUCAAAAGGCCUUUGAGAGGAUUUAGAGAAAAGUGGAUUUCCCCCUCAUUAAACUGUGGUCUCCACCUCAGACUACCAGGCCGUGGAUGGGGCGAGGAAUUCUGAAUUUUCUAGGUUGUGUUCCUCCAUAGAAGAUAUUUUGGAAUUUCUAAAACCUGGCUGGCUUUCUCACAACGACCCACAGCCGCCAUCUUUUGAUGACAGGACACGGUUUGCGCUCACACACACAGAAAGCCCACGCAAACCCCCCUAUGCAACAGCCCCCUCUUCCUCCUCUGGGUCAACAUAAGCAAAAAAAACCUGGGGAGAGAUACCAUAUGUGGUACACACACAACAACAACUACCUGGAUAACAUGUGCAGCUGAUUCCAGUUGUCGAGCACAGACGUUACAGGUCUGUGGAUAGACUGGCUUUCUACCAUGCCUGCCCCCCCAACCCUACAUCCCAGCAGAACCAGACGCCUGCCUUCCACACAUGGCCACCCUGAUCUAAAGACCAACCAUUCCACCUUCCCUUCCCUCUUCCCUCCAUCCAUCCUUUCGCUUCCUCAUACCCCAAAGCCUAGCUCAUCUCUGCCCUCCUCAUCCCACCUCAUCCCAUGCUUGGGGGUUUCUAGGAGAGCCCUUUCAAGCGGAGCCCCGUUCCCGGCUUUUCACUGGCUAGCCCUGGUCACAUGCUGCCUGCUGCCCUCUCUGAUCGGAGCAGGGGAGACGUGGGGUGUGGUGUCGGCCUGUCCCUUCCACUGCGUGUGUCGGAACCUUUCCGAAUCACUCAGCACACUCUGUGCUGACAAAGGGCUCCUGUUUGUGCCGCCGCACGUUGACCGACGCACCGUGGAGCUGCGGCUGGCUGACAACUUCAUCACAGAAGUGGGAGGGAAUGACUUUGUCAACAUGAGCGGAUUGGUCGAUUUGACUCUAUCAAGAAACACCAUCCACCUGAUCCGACCCAUGGCCUUUGCUGAUCUGGAGAGCCUCCGUUCCUUGCAUCUCGAUGGUAACCGACUAACAACAGUGGGCCCCAGGGACCUUGCAGGGCUGGUGAAUCUACAACAUCUAAUCAUUAAUAACAAUCAGCUGGUCAAAGUGUCUGGGCAGGCAUUUGAUGACUUCUUGCUCACCUUAGAGGACCUUGACCUGUCCUACAACAACCUCAGAAGGGUACCCUGGGAGUCCAUUCAGAACAUGGCCAGCCUGCACACUCUGAACCUGGACCACAACCUCAUAGACCACAUAGCGGAAGGAGUCUUUGGAGAGCUCUAUAAGCUUGCCAGGCUGGAUAUGACCUCCAACCGGCUAAGGACCCUGCCGCCCGAUCCUCUCUUUGCAAGGUCCCAGACAGGUGCAAUAAGCCCCACCCCCUACAAUGCAGUCAUAAGCCUGAAUUUUGGGGGGAACCCACUGCACUGCAACUGUGAACUUCUGUGGCUGAGGCGGCUUAUCCGAGGAGACGACAUGGAGACCUGCGCCACACCUGUGCACCUGGCUGGAAGGUACUUCUGGUCGAUUCCUGAGGAGGAGUUCACAUGUGAGCCCCCUCUCAUCACCCGCCACACUCACAAGCUGUGGGUUCUCGAAGGCCAAAGGGCCACCCUCAAGUGCCGCUCCAUUGGAGACCCUGAGCCCGUGGUGCACUGGGUGUCACCUGACGAUCGCAUCAUCGCCAACUCCUCCCGGACCAGCUCCUUCAACAACGGCACGCUGGAUAUCUUAGUGACAGUGGCCCGGGACGACGGGGCGUACACGUGCAUCGCAAUUAAUGCAGCUGGUGAAGCAACCGCCACCGUUGACCUUAAAAUAAUCCCACUCCCUCACCGGGGCGGAGCAGGCGGUAAUAAUGUGAACAAUAAACACAGGAAUGUGACCAAUGGGAUUUUACGAACUGAUCCGGGAUCCUCGGAUAUUAGCACAGGGAUAAACGGCGUGGGACGCGGCGCUGACGUGGAGGACGCAAAAAAAGGUGGCGCCGAGAAUGAGGAAGGUGACGGCAGCAGGCCGACCGAAGGGGAGAGGGCUGAAGAGGGGAACAUGGAGAACGAGGACGGGGAUGAAGAGGAGGAAGAAGGGAGGAUGGUUGGCGUCCAAGGAGUAACGUCCACCUCCGCUCAGAUCCGAUGGGACUUGGGACCCUCAUCUGGAGCUUACGUUGUGUGGAUGUAUCAGAUACAGUACAACUGCACUGUGGACGAAACACUCAUCUACAGGAUCCUACCCUCCACCAGUGACCGCUUCCUGUUGAAGAACUUGGUGUCGGGAGUGGAUUAUAACUUGUGCGUGCUGGCCAUUUUUGAUGACUCCAUCACAGCGCUGGCGGCGACCAAAGUACUGGGUUGCACCUCCUUCUCCACCAAAGACGUUUACCCCGCCUGCAGCUCUCUCCAGGCUCACUUCCUGGGAGGAACACUCACCAUCUUGGUGGGCGGUGUGGUGGUGGUCACACUCCUCGUGUUCACUGUUGCGUUAAUGGUUCGCCAUCGCGUGUGCAACCACACCAAUCACAUCAUUUGUCACAACAGCAACGCCGAGGCAGGAGUCGGGGUGUGUGGUCAGGGGGGAGGUGUGGCAGCCCGGAACAAAGAAGGGGACAGAGGUGGGUGCUACCAGUCCAGCGGUUCUGGGGACAUGAUGAUGGUGGUCCUACCUAACGGUCUGCCCUCCAAGAGAACAGGGGAAAGCGAAAAGGACAAAGAGAAGGAGGCGACAGAUUCUGCUUCAGCUCUUCCGCCAAAACUCCCCCCAAAGCCGAGGCUCAAGCCUAAGGUCAACCUGGAGCAGUUUCUUUCGGCCGGUGGCGUGGUUUCCACCAUGGCGGGAGCAGGAGGGGAGAUGGCCUUGAUGGUGCGGCAGAGGAAGCUGGACAAGGCCCCGGCGUACAUUCCUGAAAGUGACAGAACUCCUCUCUACUACUCCCCUUCCAUCUCAUCCACCCUGCCCCGCCAGUCACGCUCCAAGGAAUGCCCCAGACCUCGUCUGGAGCGACAGCUGACCAAUCGCGCCAGCUUCUCCUUGGCAGCACCCUUGAGAGACUCUGACCUGCUGGACUGGAGGAUAACAUCCACCAGCAGGGACAAAUGGAACUCCUCUCAGGCUUAUCAGAGCCCUGUUUCCCGUCUAAGCCCCGCCUGUGGGGCCGUCAGCAAGCGGCGGCACUCACUCGACAUGGGCUCCUCUGUUGCACUAGCAACUGAUGCGGCCGCCACCGUUGCCAAACGCUACGGAGCUGUCAGCUACGCCAAGAGGCUGAGCGUGAUCUGGACCAGGCGCAGUCAGUCACUCCACGGGAUGCUGGUGCAGUGCGCCUCCACCACGAGCACCGCCUCCUCCAAUACCAGCGACGAAGGUGAAAGUGGCGGAGGAUUUGGGGCUCGCUCUGAGUUUCAACGUGGAUACAUCCACGCUUAUAACACCACCAACUCCAACUCCAACACUGGUACGGCUGCUGGCAGAGCUAUAAAAGAUAGGGGCAGGGAGAAAGGGAAGGAUGGAAGGAGCACUGAAGAGCUGGAGGAAAGUAUUGUGUAGAAUGUUGGCAGAAGGUCCCAGUGGUUGGUGUUAUGACGAAGAAAUAGAGAUUACAAAUGACAGAUGGAGGAUUGUAGCUUAAUAAGAGAGGGGGAGACAAAAUCAAGUUUAAUAAACAAGAAUUGAGAGCCUUGACAGUAAAUAGCUUGAGGGGGCUUUUGGCCUUGAAAUCCUCAAAGAGAGACAGCCACACAAGCAAAAGUUCUCAAAGUAAAUAGAGACAUAAUCGAAGAGGGGAAGCGAGAACAAAGAGCUUGAAAAGGUUUAGAGCUCAGUGUGGAUUCUAGCAAAGCCUCUACACUAAUAGAAGCUGCUUCAGCCCACACAACAACACCAGACCUUGCACCGGGUUCAAGUACCAUUAUCAACACUGCAGGGGGGAUGGCAAAUGAGAUUUGGAUGUGGCUCGACUUUUUUUUUUUUUUUUUUUUUUUUUGGAUUCAGCUAAACGCAAUGAAUGUGACUUCUGUGGCUGCACUUUGGCCAGCCUUGCCUGUGGAUUACAGGAGCAUACAGUAAAUACAGAGCUAGCCAUGAUCAAUCGAUGGGUGCUGGCGGCAGCACAGUGGAGCACAGACAUUAUUAAAUCACACCCGGAUUACAAUGGAGUCGAUAUGGAUUACAAAAUGGUGGAAGUGUGUGAUGGAAGGCUUCCGUGCUGCUUCUUGUGCAUAGAGAGGUUGGAUCACGGAGCAGAUGCGUGUGUUUAUGUGAGGAGUUUUCCAGUCGACCGUUCCUGUCACAUAUGUUUGAAUGUUUUGUCAUCUUUGCAACGCGCUGGGAACAAGGAGGAUUCCGUAAAUGGAAGGCUGAAGUGUUGAAAGACAGAAUUAAUCCCUAUUUUUGCAGCUUGGACUGAAAGCAACCAUGUCCAAUGAGAUUUUUUUUUCUUCCUUUCGAGUGACUUCAUUCGUGCCACACGGAUUGUCUUGCUGUGAACACACACACGCAGAGAGACACAAACCUCUUGAGCUGGUUGGGACUUGAAAGUGGGACAACAAAACAAUCAAAAGAGUACAUAUAUAUAUAUAUAUAUAUAUAUAUAUAUAUAUAUAUAUAUAUAUAUAUAUAUAUAUAUAUACACACACACCUGUGUAUAUAUAUAUAUACACAGAUUAAAAUAAUUGUAUUUGUCGCACUGUGUGUUUCUGUUCUUCAGAAUUUUCUGGAAAUGAUGUUAGGCAAAAAUAAAACAUAGAGAAAAUGUGAUAUUUUUUAUUUUCAGACAAACUAUAAUUGGUGAAAAGUAAGCAUAAAAAAGAUGAAAAUCACACAAAGCACAAACACAGACAGAGAUGCCUAUGAAAACAACGUAUUACAUAAAUUACGACUUUUAAACAUUACUGUUGUUCCCUUGCUUUUUUUUUUUUUUUCCAUUUUGCCAAAGUCAAUAUUGUUCUCUUGACAUGAUAUAAAUAAAAAAUACAUGUAUGGAACACUGACUGCCUCAUGAACAUACAAAAGAAGACACGAGAGGGGACAAAUCGAUUGAUUGCAACUUAUUUUAGGAAUUUUGCCCGUCAUCCACAAUGCUUAUGGGGAUUCACAUAUUCUGCAUAUAAAGCCCUCUAUCAAAAAAGCUUCAACAACGUUUUAUCGUUUUAUAUACAUGCUGUGACCAUGUAGUAACAGGCACACUGAUGAUAACAUGUAAUUUAUGUAAUUACAUGUAUUUUGCUCAUUUUAUGGAACUGGAACUUCUCUUGGCUGCAUUGAUUUCACAGAGUCCAGAGCAAAAAACUACUUCCAUCAACAACAGCAGCAUAGAGAGCGCUUUUGCUACCAAUCAUGGCGGACUUUGUGAGACCCGACGACGAGCUACUUGUCACUUAGAAUAAUGUUGCUAGGUGCUACGCAGAUCCGGCUAUAGUGAAACACUAAGCCAUUCUCGUAGCAUUAUCAUGUAGCACUACUGCUAGACGUUUCAUUGGCAA